AUGAUGAUAUCAACUUUUGAGGUGGGCAUAACCGAUUUGGAGAAGACCGAUGCCACACCAGUCUUGCUCGUGGAGAAGGCUGCAAAUCUUCUUGGGAUCAAUCUCGAGCAGAACAUUCAGAAAAGCAGUCAUGUUGUGAGGUAUAAAUCUGAGCCCGGAUCCCAUGGUUUCAAGGAGCAGUGGUUGUUACGCUGGUUGUUGAAGAAACUCACCUUCCCUGCUUCGAAGGAGAGAAGAGAAGAGACAUGGAUUGGCGAGAACAGUUUCUUCCUAUGUGCAGAAUCUUGGUCGAUGUUGCUCGCUUUGACUUGUUCAAUUCAGAAGGAUGUUUGCCUUGAAAUCUUACAGGACCGAAAAUUUUAUCAGACUUUAGACCGAGUCCUGCGAUGGCUCAAUACACCAUCAGCAUACCAUGAUAGUUCAAGCACUUCUGAAAGUCACCAAGUGUCCAACAAAGAGCCUCCUACGAAGAAGAGGAAGCUCGAUGCUGCUGCAUCAGACAAAGUAGUCACCACCAAUUCGGACGACAACCUAAGGUGGAUCAUUUUGCAAGCUGCAUGCCGUUGUGUCGACCUUGUCGGGCUCUCGGACCAGGCUAAACCAUCACAGUCACAUCAUUUGAUUUCAGCAUGGAACUCCAACUGGGAUGAAAGAGCCAGCUUGUUCGGCGCUUUGCUUGAGACCAGUGCUUCGUUGGUAGAUCCAGACUGUUCGUCUGACAAGCUCAAUACUUUGUCCUCUAUCAUCACGACUAUCACAACAUUUUGGACAACAGGAUCGGCAGAUUCACGAAACCACCCCGACGGUCCACAUCGAGCAUUCAGCUCACAGAGCCUGUUUUCCACUUUGUCUCUCCUUGAGCGUCUGCGGAGCCCUAAAAUAGACAUUGGCUUGUUUCAGCCUGUUAUACGUGUCUUGGAGCGUCUCAUCGCCCUUCAUGUCGUCCUUCCGGCCAGAUCCAUCUUUUUUGAGCGCUUUGCGAGAAAAUGGAGGGCUAUCAAUGAUGUACUCUUCUAUGACAACCUGAAGAACUUCCUGAAUGAUUUUCAGAAGACUAUCAUAUACUGGCCCAAUAAUAAACUUCAGUUGCAACAAGAUCGAACAGCAAUGAACCAGACAAGCUCGUUGCGGAUAAUUUUCGACAUAGCCGCUCGAGCAAUUCCAUCUUCCGAUUUCUCAAAACGUCAAUCUGAACAACCUUGGCUUGAUGCUCUUUUUCUGAGUCUAGCCCAUACAGUAUGGGAAGACAUGCCACGAAUCUCACCUUCUGGAGUGGAGAAUUCCGCCGUCUUGUCACUUCCUGAUUCAAAUAGUCACCAAACUUCCAUAUCUGCGCUGGAGAGUCUGGUCGAUUCUGUUUUCGCGCGGAGAGUUAGGCUUUCCCUGCCAGUCCUGGGACACACCAUCACAGCUUUACUCGUUAACGAUGAGCAGGCAACACCGUGGACUCUACUGACUAAGCUCGUCCAGCUUGAUACCAAUAUUCUCAUCUCGAAUGCAGGGCUCUCGGUCUCUGCAGCCAUUUUCAGCCGCAUUUGUGGCAAGAUCGAAGAUGCAACAAUCCCUGACGACGUUUACCCAGGACUACUGAACGAGAUAAUCAUCCCUGUGAUGCGAGGUUUUGCAAGAUCGAGAAAUAUCGAUGGCUUCAUUCAGAUCUGGCAGGAGGGACUUCAGAACGCAAUACGGCUCAGAUAUUCUUUGCAGGUUGAACAAGGAAGUACUCCAGCAGUUCUUGUUUGGGAAGAUGACGAUGUUUUUGAUGAGUUCAAGACCUUGAUCAAAAUCCAUGCACCACUCAGUCUGAGCAAGAAGCUCUUAGAACAGACUUCACAAUCUCUUGAAGGGCUCAGUACUAAGGCAGGUUCAACAGCUGUCGACUUCUCACACUUGGCGAUAUUUACAGCGUUUCUUAAUGCCCAUGAUAGCACAAGUGAAAUCGCACCGGCUUUGGAGAAGAGCUUUACCCCUCUCUUUCAAUACACACUAGCUGGGCUACAGCGAGCAUCCGACUACCAAGCUCAAAGAUGGAGGUUAUGGAGCUUUCUUCGGAUACUCCUACAAAGCGCACGAAAGAACGAACCUUUGGAAAAUUUGGACAAGCUGCUCAGCCAUCACGGAAGGCUUGUAUCGCUACAAGCAGCACUACUAAACAAGGAUGGUCCUUACAGUCAUCAAAAAGCCGGCAACUAUCUGGAGUCUCUAGAGUGCUUCUCAGUCAUUGUUGAAGCCGCCAAUAACACCACCAAGUUUCAUUCCCUGCUUCAUGAAGAGUUGAAACAUUUGGCACAAUCAGUAGCCAGCAGUUUCAAAUACGGAGAUAUAGUCGAAGCCGAGUGGGACGGGCGUUGUUACAGCUGCAAUGAUGCAUCAAAGUUAGCCAUCGCUUGUAUUGGCAGACUCUUGGAGAAACCCGGAAUCUUCUCCUUGGAUGCCAAAAUCUAUUACGAGCUCCUGUCUGCAACCUUGAAAUUCCUCAAGCACUCCUUCUCUCUGCGAGAUGACUCAUCACUUUCUCUUCGGACUGUAUUACAAGCCCUGCUGAAACUGGACGAAGUAUCGAAUAACCAAGGUUUGAAAGACAUGGUCUCUAGCUACCUCAUUGAGAACGAGUCGGCACCGAACAGCACAAAUGCAAACAGCUAUGUUCUUCUUCGCAGCUUUCCAGCACAAACAUUGAAAAAAUCACAUAUCAAGCGAUUAGCAGCCCUCAUUCUUCAGGACCUAAGCAAUGGCAAGAACAUACCAGAGAUCGAGACCAGCAACGACCAGCUCGCUACCAUAAUAUACCUGGACACACAUUCGCCGAGCGCUACAAUAGCCGCUCAGGAUUGGCGUCUAUGGGUGCAAGCGUCCGAGAAACUUUCGACCACAUCUCAAGCCAUGUCGCUAUCCCAAAUUGUACUAACAAACAUGUUGCUGGAGAUUCUUCAGAGACUAUGGAGUCGAGCUUUUGCCCUUCAAAAGUCUUCAGUAUUAUCAGAGAUAUCGUCAUGGGUUACCGAUUCGAUCAAAAGCUGCAAGAGAGUUACGUUUCUCGAAACUCCACACUUGGCUCUUCGGACUUUCUUUGCAGAAUCAGUCAAGUCACAAGAUAUCCUGGAGAGCAAACUUCCCAAAAGGAAAGUUCAGAAACUUCGGGCAAAGUUCAUCGAAAUCUUGAAACGUGGCUCCGAAGAUGUGGUCCGCCACGGGAAGGGGGAAAAUCUCCUGGAAGUGAGGCUUCUCAUGCAGACACUGCAGGACACCUGUGAUCCUCCUAUGGCUCAAGAGUUCCUUCGCGAUGCUCCAGAGCUCGGGCAGGUGAUCGAGGAACAACCAAGCGGUGCGGUCAUGAACGAAGCCGAUCGGCUUGAUUCGCAAUUGCGACUCUCAAUUCGACGGACUUAUCAGCAGAUCCCGCUGUCACGUAUAGCCGAGCUUGAGAAUGCUAAAAUCAAGCUUGCUUUCGAGACGCUAGCGGCCGAGUUUUGCAUAACUGGAAAGUGCUCCAGAGAAGAGAUUGGCAUCUUUGCAACCAACCUUGACCUGACUAUUCGAACCUAUAGUCCAAUAACGAAAACUCUGGCACUUGAUUAUUUCCAAAGCGAACACGGGCUCAAGUCUUCGCCUAUCUUGGCCCAGAUCGCGACGGCCAUCGUGGCCAGCCAGGUUGGCAGCCAUGAGAUGAUGCAGCACCAUCCGCUUGCUGGUAAGGUCGCAGCAAUUGCGUGCACUUUCCCCGAUCAUGUCAAGUUUUCCAAGGUUAGCAUACUUUUAGCGCUUGACAACUGCAAGUUUAUUCUCGAGACUCACCCGUCAGUUGUGAACCAAUCAACGCUUGAUCAGCUACUCGCCUCAAUUUGCACAUUGACGUCGCCCGCCAGCAAGCCUGUCGAUGAGGCUAAAGCGAGCGGUACCUAUUCACCCGAGGCUGCAGACAUCUAUGGACGAAUUUGUGAGGUCCUCGGUGCAGUGCUAGGUCGGCAUCGUCGACGAAUCUCGGACCGAUAUCAUUUACUGGUGCCAGCGAUGUCUGGUCUCCUUCGCUGUCUGUUCUGGCCGGGCGCAAAGACGAUCCAGAGUCUCUCGGGCAGAGAUGCGGCUCACACUAUCGCUAAUUUCGGACAUUCCCUCCCUCAUUGGCUGACUUCGUCUGAGAACGCUCUGCCACCUGCGGCUGCGGACCAGCUCGCUAGGCUUCUCUCUUCCGUCUGCAAUCCCACGGUCUCUGCCGCACGCACGUCGCGGAAACGCAAGCAUAAUGAACUCAAUGACGAGACGAAGCGAGCCCGUCAACUAGCUGGGCAACACCUCCUGUACUUGAUUGCAGAAUACGCCAGGUGUAGCCUUGACGGCCAAAUUGACCCCUUGGUGAAGGAGCACCUGAUGCUUGGUUUAUACUCCAUAAUGGAUGCGAUCGAUAGGGAGCUAAUGAAGGCAAUGAACUCUGGUAUGGAUCCCAGCAGUCGAGCAAUGUUCAAGGUGCUCUACGAUAGCUGGGUAGCUCAUGGCAAGUGGGAUAAGAGUUAG